AUGUCAGGCUCCUCUGACACUCUGCAGUUCAGCCUGCCCACCCAUGGAGACGCCAUCCUUUGCAAAAUGAAUGUUCUGCGGGAAGAGAAUCGAUUCUGCGAUAUCACACUCAUCAUCGGGGGUUCCAGCGUCUCCGCUGCCCAGACAGCCCGUUUCCACGGCCACAGAGUGGUGCUUGCAGCUUCCUCCGACUUCCUACGCGAUCAGUUCCUGCUCCAUGAAGAGCAGGCAGAACUGAGUGUGGGUGUAGUUUCCAGUGCGAGAGUUGCCAAGACUCUGCUGCUGUCCUGCUACACUGGACUCUUAGAGGUUCCUCUGAGGGAGCUGGUGAGCUAUCUGGUUGCAGCCAGCGCGCUCCGUAUGAGCCAGGUGGUGGAAAAAUGUACCCAGGCCCUCUCCCACUGCCUCAGCUCCAUCCCGGUUUGUUUGAAACUGGAGAGACACUUGGAGGAUGAAGUAAAACAGCAGCUAGACAGCGGCCGGCCGAGUUCCGGCUCUGAAACUCUGGGAGAAAUGGAUGCAGUCCCUCCAAAUAUCCAGGAACCAAAUACCAAGGAAGAGGGAGCUGCUGACCAAGUUGACCAAGAAGCUGAGAUGGUAGCAGACAGGGUGGGAGAGAAAACUCAACUGGGGACGAGUGAAGAUGGAGCAUUUAGUCCUGCCACUGUGGAGUCAGAGGACGGUAGCGGCACCGAGUCCAUUUGCAACACUUCAGCAUACCUCAAGGACAGUCCAGCCCCUCAUUCAGUUUCCCAAGACCCCAGCACGGGAAGUUUUGGAAGUUGUGAAGAUUUAGUGGACGGUGUUCAGACACAGCAAAGGCAAACACAAGAGCCAACGACAGAGGCCACGCUGGCCGUGCGGCUGCAUGGAGAUGAGGCGGAGGACCCGGACAGCCCGCCGGCCCAGAGGCCGUACCUGUGCAGGAGGUGCGACCGGAUCUUCCAGCACCUGGAGAACUACAUGAGACACCUGAAGGAACACAGGCAACACCUCUGUUUGGUCUGCGGGGAAGGCUUCUCCCAGAGGAGCAAACUGACUCGGCACAUCCACGUCCACACGGGCGUCAAGCUCUUCCGGUGCCCGCUGUGCCACCGGCAGUUCACCCAGAGGGGGGCGCUGCAGGAGCACCUCCUCCUGCACACGCGGGAUGGGUCCCGCCCGGGUCCCGCGCACAAGCCAGGCCUCAGGGAGCACCUGAGCGGGGGGAAACCCAGCCAGCAGGAAGUGCCCAGGAAAGCCCAGACGCAAGGGCACCAGGAAUCUGGAACAAUGUAGCUGGUCUCAUCUGCUUUAUGAAAAAACCUGCUCAAAAGAGAGUGCAAUACCCCAAUUUUUUUUUCAAAUGAAUUGCUUGUCAUUUAGAAUAUGUGUGCAAAAACUGCAUCAGCUACAUAUUGCAUAUCAGC